UAAAUAUUGCAUAUGUCAACUCAAUGAUUUCCUCCCCAAACCGCUGUUCCUUUAACCCUCCUUUCUUCCUUAGUUUCCUUAAUAUUCUUCUUCCUUUCGGUCAUUGCCAUCAUUUUUUCAAAAGCUGGUCAAUCGCCAUGUCCACACACAGAGGCAAAGACUUGGUAGAGCUGAGGUCUCCGAGCGGCGGCGGAGAAAACGGGCCGCCGACUCCCAGCCGUUACGAGUCCCAGAAACGCCGAGACUGGAACACCUUCGGGCAGUACCUGAGGAACCAACGGCCGCCGGUGGCGCUGUCCCAGUGCAACAGCAACCACGUCCUCGACUUCCUCCGGUACCUCGACCAGUUCGGGAAGACUAAGGUCCACUUACAAGGUUGCAUCUUCUACGGGCAGCCGGAGCCGCCCGCUCCUUGCUCCUGCCCUCUCAAGCAGGCUUGGGGCAGCCUUGACGCCCUCAUCGGGCGGCUCCGAGCCGCCUACGAGGAGAACGGCGGCUCCCCGGAGACGAACCCUUUCGCCAGCGUCGCCAUCCGCUCGUACCUCAAGGAAGUGAAAGAAUGCCAGUCGAAGGCGCGUGGCGUUCCGUACAAGAAGAAGAAGAAGAAGGCUCUAAGCCCCGGCGUGGCGGCGGCGACCACCGUUGACUUUGACUCAUCUUCUUCCGCGCCAUUUUCUUGAUGUAAAAGAAGAUGAAAGAAAAAAGUUUUUCACACGGUCGCAGGAAUUCAAGCAGGAUCAUGCAUUACGGUGUGCUAAAAAUCAGCUAUGUACGGCUGCCAAAUCUGAGCUGGCAAAACAAAAAUAUAUCGAGAUUAUAUGUAAUAAUUGCAGUAUGUAGUUAUAUUUCUUUUUUGAAUAUCAAUUUUCCGGCCCCAACUUCAUCUAUUGGUGGGGCAGUAAUAUUUUUAAUGUUAAUGGUUGUAUUAGAAUAACUGUGUACUAUAUAUAUAUAUGAAAGAAUAAUUAUGUACUAGAUAUAUAAAUAUGUAAGAAGCUAGUACUUCCACUUAUGGUUGUAUAUUGCAAUCAUAAUAUAAUGCAUUAAUGCUAGCUAGGUUUCUCCCACUUAUGUCAUACGGAGUAAUAUUU